AUGCGUGUAUUGACUUACAGGAUUGGGAAGCAGCAGAAAGUUGAACUGUUGUUUCAAACGUUCAUUUUUUCAUCCAAUGGCUGUAUUCCACCAACAACCACUUACAUACCAUAUCUUGUUCAAUUUAGGCAUCUAUCAGACUUUUUUAUCAAAACUAAUCAAGAACCUUUGAAAGUACUCAAAGCAUUGAUUCUUCAAGCGCAUGUUAAAAUAAAAGCUCUAUUAUGGGAGAAUUCAGUGCAAAGUAGCAACUGUAUAUCCACCAUCUCAACAGAAUCAUAUGGCUUGGACUUUGGAGAUAAAACACGUUGUGCCAAGGAAACUACACUGUCAAAUGAACGUAGCUUUCCCAGUUGUAUCCUAUCGCUCAACAGUGCGACCAAUAUUGCAAUUGAAUCUAAAUCAUUGAUUGGAAUUCAGAAUAUUGCGCAAAGUUUUAUUCGACUCCAUCAUUUGACAGGGAUGCAUAUGACUGAGCAAUCCUUUGAACUAUUAAACCGCAUUGCCUUGUCAGCAUCCACAGUAUUACUGGAUAACAGCAAUCAAAAUCAAGACUGGAGAAUCAUCAUUCACUUGUUACUUGCAAACCAUUUAAUCUGUCGAGAUCCUGCUGAGAGCCAUUCCAUGGCCAAUAUUGCCGACGCCAAAAAAAAUAUUAUCUUGGCAAGUCAUAUCUGGAAAAGUGGAAAAGGCUCUGUAAAUUUAUUUUUGGCAGGAAUGCAAGCCAUUCUAAAAGUUUCUCCAGAAGUGACAAGUCUACUUGAACCAAGAUGGGCAUCAAAUACUACAUUAAAAGUAGUCGCGUUGAUUGAUAAAAUCAAAAAGCACCAAGCCUCGACCGCUUUAAUUGACAAGGAUACCCUGCUAGAGCUUACACAGUUGAGCGAGGAGUUAUCCAUGCCAGAAAAUGAGUCUGAUUUUGACAAGCUCAAGGAAACCACUGAAAUUUCUCUUCCGAUUGAUCCAAUCCGACUAUUUUUAGUUAAAGAGUGUGCCAAACAUCAUCUCUACACUGAGGCUGCUAAACUCCUUGCACGUAUUGGAACAAGACAUGCUGAUGCUCAUUUGACUUUACAAUGCGAGAUAUAUACAGCGCAAGUCAACUUUUGUUUGCUUGAAUCAAGCGCUUUUGAUGAAUCUCAGAUUAGCACACCAGUAGCCAAUUCUUUAUCACGUAUAUCAAAGACAAUAGAAGCUGCUUUAGCAAUGAAACUUGAAAGUGUUGCACUAGAGGGCUGUAUUGUUGCAUGGAGCAUACUGUGGUCGAUUAUAGAUGAUCGGAAUCGGCAUUCGAUUGUCAGCAUUCUUUGCCAAUAUUGCAAAUAUUUGACACAAAUAACUACUCCAAAAGACUCGAUCAAGUUUUUAUUCGAGUAUGAGCUUUGCAAGUGCUAUGAGUCUAUGAAUCUCUUGAAAUUAGCAAAAGUCCAUGCACAACUAGCAGCAAAGGAGCAUUCAUCUUGUGCCCAUCAAUUUGAAAGUCAUAUGGCUGUAAAUCGAAUUGAAGCAAAAUUACACUGCAUGUCAUCUAGUUUGGGAUCUGAAUAUAAAGCGCUUAUCCUAAUUGAUAGAGCAAGAACGGCUACCAAUGCAGAGGAAUCUGUCUAUUUUCUACAGCAGGCUAUUCAAAGUAUCAUCCAGGAUUAUAAACGAGGCGAUUUUAUAUCAAAGCUUAAAGAGAGUGCAUAUGCGUCUGUUAAAAACGAUACUGGUGUUUUAGUAAUGGUGGUACUCGUUGAAAUCAUGCGAGAGGCAAAAAGAUGGGCUGUUGAUAUUAGCAAUUUGGCUUCACAUUUUCUUGAAACCUAUUCAAUUUCAAAGAUUCACAAAUUGAACUCGGAUAUAUGGGAAAUGGUGUUUGUAACCACAUCACAGAUUAUAGCUUUUAAAGCAAAUUCAAAAGAUAUCAAUCAUUUGUUACUUGCAGAGGUGUAUGAUUUAAGGGGUCAAAGCAUAACAUUUGGCAUUUACUGUUUUAUACAAUCUAUUGAUUUAUGCAGCCAGGUAAAGGCAGCAGUAAAUGAUUAUUUUGCUGCAAUUGAUUCAGGAAUUGCUAUUGGACAAACUUGGAUGCUAUAUAAUUCUACAUCAAAUAUCUGGAAUCUAUUUGCCACUCUUUCUAAUUAUCGAACCAAAUAUGAUUGCGUGUUUGAACGAUGGAGCGAAUUUUGGGUUGAUAUAUUUCAAGUUCUUUUUGACAAAAUAUCCAAUUCAAGUAUUGCCGAGCAUUCUUUAUUUGCAUACCUUUGCUCUGCAUACUCUUCCAGUCUACUCGAGACUCACAUCGCACAGGUGUUUGAGCAAUCCAAGGGAAAAACCAAGCCUUUAGGAAAAGAUGCUUUUGCAUUGAUAAAAACUGCUGAAGAUAUAGUAAAGACUGGAGCAGCAACAAAAAACGCCGACUAUAACUCUCUUUUUGUGAUUGUCGCAAGUUGGUGUAAAAUUGCGUCUUAUAAAGCCACUGCCAGCUUACCCGUUUCGUCUUUAGAUAUAGAUGAUCCCUUGUUGCGUUUAUUUAUAUCCAUUGAUAUUGGACAACAAGGAACUACAGCUGCAGUUAAAUCAGCACGCGAUACAGAUCCAUCUAUUCUUGAGCAUACCUUGUCUAGUGUAUUUCAAAUCAGUUAUAUUCCGGAUGUUUUUCGAAUUGAAAUGCUUCUUCAAAUUGGAAAACAGUCUCUUGCAGUAAAUCAACAUUCAAUAACAGCGGUGUGUGCUCAAACCUCGCUGCUGUAUCUGGAUAGAUUUUCCGUGAUACCAUUGAAACUGACAGCUUCGCUCCAGCAUUGGCUUAUACAAUCCAGAAUGAUUGCAUAUCAAUUGACUAUGGCUAUCAAAGACAGCAUUGUCUGCAGACUCAAGAUUGAUUAUGACAAUGCUAUAAUCCCGAUUUUGGCAAUAAAAGAAAUGCAUACAUCUGGCAAUACUUUGAAUUUUGCCAUGGAUAAAGACUACGAAAUUAUCCAGAAUCUGUUUUCUACAGCUAUUGAUAUUGCAAUAGGUAAUAGAAAAAUUCAACUGGGUCUUCGUCUUGCUGAUAUGGGUCUGCGCGUUCUUCAAGGACAUCCUCAAAAUGAAAUAUGGAUACGCAAAGGUCUUGUACUGACUAGUCAGGGUAUGGGUUCGUCACUACUUCCUCUCAAAGACAAUAAUGUUGAAAAUCAAGCACAAGCAUGGAUGAGAUUUGCAGAUUUACAGAUAUCCGCGGAUAAAAAAAGAUUGGCAGUUACUGCUGGCUUAAAGCUGCUUGUGGCAAAACAUCUAACACAUACGUGGACAUACAGAUUACUGGAAAUUCGCCUCGAUAGUGUCGCUGGAAAUUCAAGUAUAGAAACCAAAAACAUCGCUUUGCCUUUUGAAACAACCUAUAACCAGUACACCAAUGAAUUUGCAAUGGCCAAAAUUGAGCAAUGUUUAAAAAACAUUCAGUGCAUUGAUCGAGCUAGUCAACUUGAGCGUUUGAAAAUUGCUCAGUCAUGGGCAAGCGUAUACCUUCCAUCGCUUUUUUGCUGUAAACCAUCACCAUCCGAACAAGAAAAAAAAGAGUCACAUUCUUCUGCCAAAACCAAAAAGUCCAAGGAAGUUUGCUCUGAUACAGUAACUAUGCCCACAAUGGACAAAUGGCAUCAGUUUGUCUGGCCAGCUUAUCUUCGAGCCGAGUAUAUCAAUCAUGCUGGACACGAUCACAUAAGCAACUCUAAUUUGAAAGAUCCGUUGGCACUAUGUGGAUUGCUUUUACAGCUCAUUCAUGAAUUGGUGCGUGUUCAAGACUUGCAAGCAACCCACCCCAUUUUUUGUUUAUUGGAACUGAUUUCAGAGCUUUCUGUUCAAUCUAUUCCAGAUCUGUAUCCCACAAUUCUUCUUUAUUUUGCCGUUACUCUUUCUUGUCAAGGGAUGGAGACUUCAGCAAAGGAAAAAUAUAUUUUGGCGACAUCUAGUCAGUAUAGACAGCGUACUGACAAGCAAGCUACCUUGGUAUCCAAGUCACUCGGGUCUAAUUUGGCAACGAAAUUAUCGAUCGAGGAUAUUUUGCUACUCAAAUCAGAGUGUCAUGUAUAUUUUGGCGAUCAUCUUGAAGCAGAGUAUCUCACUUGCCAAAACAUUCAUAUUUGCCACGACAAGGCCAAUUAUUCCGUUCUAUCCAGUACAUACGGGUUAGGUGCAGUCGUUGCUUUAUUUGACGAGGACUACGAGCGCGCCAGAUAUAUGGCUUCGGUAGGAGCCAAAAUUGGGAUAGAAAAUGACAUAGGCAUACCGUUGUCUACAGCACUUUCUUGGUCAAUUUCUAUCAUCAAUCAAAAAUAUAGUGACAGCAUGUAUUCUGAUGUGCUGCAAGCCAUAUCCAUUUUGGAUAGUUUUGAUACGCUUUCAUCUUUGAAACCAUAUAUCAGUAAUGAAACAAGGUACUGUGCAAUCUCAGCAAAGCUAUGGCUGCUAUCCAAUCUGUCAAUUAUUCUGCCCAAUUCAAGCGAAAAAUCAGAUCAUGAAUCAGUCAAAAAUAGAUUUUUACUGGCAUAUCAAGAAGUGCUGCAAAAGUAUAAUUCGAUUUUUGAUCAAAACAUGCAAAUGGAAUUACAAUGUCGAUUUUUGAAAUUUCUUGUUCAAAACAAAAUCAAGUACAUCAGAGCAUGGAGUGUUUUGCAUCAACAUUUGGAGCAUAUUCAAACAGCUGCCAUUGAAUUUGAUAAGACUGCGGAAGCUUGCCAACGUCUCGCAUCGUGUAGACUUCUUGUGUUGCUUGCAGAUGUAGAUAUAAUGUCUACAAUGCAUUCAUGGCUCACGUUAAAGAGAAUGCUGUCUUUUAUGGAUAUAUCCAAUUUUGAAUCGACAAAAUGGCACGGCAUAACCGAGGAAACCCAACCAGAUCAACAUUUGGCUUUAAACGAUUUGAUUUAUUCAAAAAUUGAGCUACAGGCUUUGACCUUGGAUGCCGAUGUAAAUUCAAAGUUGGACUACUAUCUUGGAUUACGUUCGUACUCGCAAAUUGCGUGGCAAUUCGACACGUCAGUUGAUCAAAGAAAACAGGUUUGCCAAACUAUUAUCACCCGACUGUCGGAUAAUGUAGAGUCUUUUAUCAUUGAUUCUGAAUUUCAAAAGGCAUCAAUUGCAUGUGAAGCACUUUUGAAUAUGUCUAUAUAUUUAGAUGAUGAUACGCAGGGAUUUCGUUAUUUGUCUGCUCUGCAAACUUGUGAAUCAUUGCCAGAAAUUCAUCAGACUGUGUCUAUGGAGUCGACUCCCCCCAUUCAAGUAGAUUUCACGUUUCCAUUUAAAUAUAUUCCCAAUCGUAGUCUAGCAAACUAUCAUUGCUAUGAAGAGCAGUUCAAGGCAAAAAACAAACAAAUGUUUUUCCCAUCUGUGCUUCAAAAUCCAGAAUGGCCAAAGGAUAACAUCAAAAUUAUUAUAUUUCAGCAUUCAAACGAUAAACAUGUAUUGCAUGUAUAUGUACUUACCAGAUACAGGGACAUUGGGUAUGCAAAGUUGGAUCGGAAAAAAACACCAGCAGAUGAAAUGGUUCACGAAAUAGAGGCUAUCCAUUAUGCCAACCCAUUAUUCAAUGAUAUUUUGAAUAAUGGUGAUGCACAGAAUUGCAAACGUACUACUGAGCAGGCUGAGUCGUAUCUUUUAUCACUACUUUCAAAGUUUAAACCAGACAAUGGUGUAUCGGAUCUUCCUCCAGCUAUACCUACUUCACAACAAAAUCAAAGAGCAAAGUCUAGCAAUAAGGAAGUUGGAGAGACGCUGCAAAGCAACAUUACAUCUGAUGAUCAGCAUGUUUAUUUAAUUUUGGAUCAUGUUAUGGAAAAGUUUAAUAUUGAAUCUGCUGUUCAAAAAUAUUAUUGUCAAGCAACGUCUAUUACUCGAGACUUGAAUUUAUCAAUAUUACUAUCUAGAUUUAAAGCAAGGGAUAGCCAGUCCAAAUCACAAGUGAUGGAGUCACCAAAAAAAAAGGACAAGGCACUUGAUUUUGACAAAGAUAAAUCAGCAGCUAUAAAUUAUAUUAUUUCAUCCAAUAAUGUUAGAGCCAAAACAAUCAUGCAAGAUAGUAUUUCCCGGUCAACGCUAAAAACGUCAGGGUUAUGGUCUCAAGAUAUUUUAUUGGACGAGUUUUCUGAACUGAUGCAACGUGGCUCCAAUUUUAUAUAUUGUGGUCCGCCAUUGCUUCAGACAAAUGAUUAUUUGCGACACGUCGAACUCAAACUGAGUGGAGUCGUUAUCAUAUUUGAGUUUGAUCAUAAUGCAGGAAACAAGGCUCAAUAUCCGACAAAAUCUUUUAAAGAACUAGCCAUCUGGCUUACUGUUCGUGGGGCUUCUACAAUAAUUGUACCGCGAAAGCCAUUGUCUGAAAGAUUAGCCGUUGACUUGGCCUCUGAGCUACUUAAAUUAAACCUUUCCAAAGGAAUAGGAGGAUGCCUUUUCCAUAAACCAUUGUCUUUUCCUGAUGAUCAGCAUGCAUCAAAUACUUUAAUGCCAAAUGCAUUGUGCUGCUAUGGUAUUGAUACCUGCUACUAA